AUGUUUGAAUUAUUGAACGGAACACCUCCAUUUUCUGGACAUGAUCCUAUGAAAACAUACAACGUUAUUUUAAAAGGAAUUGAUGUUAUCGAUCUUCGACUGCAGGACGACUCUCUCCGCGCGAUCAACGCUCCCAGAGACUGUCCUCUGCGGGGGGUGUGUGAUGGUCGUCGUCGCGGACUGCGGACGCGUAGCUGCGGACGACUCUCUCCGCGCGAUUCAACGCUCCUAGUGCGCUCAGACUGUCCUCUGCGAGUGUGUGGGGUCGUCGUCGCGGACUGCGGACGCGUAGCCGCGGUAAGCGGUCACAGUGAACGCUUUAAGUCUUCGACUGCAGGACGACUCUCUCCGCGCGAUUCAACGCUCCUAGUGCGCUCAGACUGUCCUCUGCGAGUGUGUGGGGUCGUCGUCGCGGACUGCGGACGCGUAGCUGCGUGCGCUCAGACUGUCCUCUGCGAGUGUGUGAUGGUCGUCGUCGCGGACUGCGGACGCGUAGCCGCGGUAAGCGGUCACAUGAACGCUUUAAGUCUUGACUGCAGGACGACUCUCUCCGCGCGAUUCAACGCUCCUAGUGCGCUCAGACUGUCCUCUGCGAGUGUGAUGGUCGUCGUCGCGGACUGCGGACGCGUAGCCGCGGUAAGCGGUCUGAUGAACGCUUUAAGUCUUCGACUGCAGGACGACUCUCUCCCGCGCGAUUCAACGCUCCUAGUGCGCUCAGACUGUCCUCUGCGAGUGUGUGGGGUCGUCGUCGCGGACUGCGGACGCGUAGCCGCGGUAAGCGGUCACAGUGAACGCUUUAAGUCUUCGACUGCAGGACGACUCUCUCCGCGCGAUUCAACGCUCCUAGUGCGCUCAGACUGUCCUCUGCGAGUGUGUGGGGGUCGUCGUCGCGGACUGCGGACGCGUAGCUGCGGUUUCGAUUGGGAUGGCUUGAAGAAACAAAAAUUGAAUCCACCAAUUAUUCCAAAGGUCCGAUCCCAGUGUGAUCACAGCAAUUUUGACCAAUAUACGAAAGACACUGAAGUGCCACCUGAUGAGACGUCAGGAUGGGAUAUUGAUUUUUAG